AUAGUGUUUUUGUGGGUUGUAUAGGCUACAGAGGCCUUCAUCAGGGUGUCUGCAGUGUAGACAUGUAGUCAUCCUCACAGCCAGAUAGAGGCGAGUUUUACAUUCUUUGAGAGGAGGAGUGGACUUGAGGUGGUUGAAACAUCACACCCUGCAUUCCAGCACAGGCCUGGUAUUGUAGUCUCUCUGUGCAUGCCAUGCAGCAUGUGUUGUGUCUGAGUUGAACUUCCUCGUCCUGCAGAAGAAGAAGAAAGAAGGAGGAUGGAGGCGUGACGUCGCAGCUUGCAGAGAGAGUAGGCCCACGGUACGGUACGGCAGCAGAGGAGAGGCAGUGCGGGGACGGACGCUGUGAGCUGCCGCAGAGGAGAGUAGACUACUGCUGCGAGACACCGGGGCACAAAACAACCGGCAACUUUGCAGAGAGACGACAGACAGCCAUAAUGCGGCACCGCCACCGCCCGCCGACCCCGGAGCUGCUGAUGUGACUGUGCACGCCCCAGAGGAAGGAGGAAGGCAGGGAGGAAGCGGCGGACAACCAGCACCACCUCUCCGCCCGGUCGCCUCGCCUCGUCGCGGUGACAUGUCCUCGCUAACCGUGGAGGAGGACCAGAAAUGGUUACCGACACACGUUCAGGUGACGGUGCUGAGAGGCAGGGGCUUACGGGGCAAGGGCAAGCAUGGCACCAGCGACGUGUACACCAUCAUCCAGCUGGGGAAGGAGAAAUACUCCACCGGCGUGGUGGAGAAGACCACAGAGCCGGAGUGGAGGGAGGAGUGCUCCUUCGAGCUGCAGCCCGGCGUGCUGCUGGAGAACAACGGGCUGAGCAGCAGCUGUCCGGCCGGGAGCAACGAGCUGGUCCUCAUCGUGAUGCACCGGGGACAUAUGGUUAUGGACGUGUUCCUCGGACAGGCGGUGGUGCAGCUGGACAAGGUCUUCCAUGAGACUAGAUACGUGAGAAACCAGUGGUACAAGCUCAACUCUAAGACGGGGAAGAAGGAGAAAGAACGAGGAGACAUUCAAGUCACCAUCCAAUUCACCCGAAACAACCUGACGGCUAGCAUGUACGACCUCGUCAUGAAGGACAAGGGCGCCUCCACCUUCGGCAAGCUGAAAGAGCGCAUAAAGGGGAAGAAGAGAUCCAGCGAGGAGGACUUGGCGGCGGCCGUCCUGCCGAGCGGUUACGGGUCCCUUCAGCGGAUGCGGACGAGGCUGCCGAGCGACGGAGGCGGGGAGGAGGAUUACGAAGACGACGAGGGGGGCGAGGCCCGGCGGAGCAAGAUGAGGACCUUCUUCCUGAGAGGGAAGCUGAGGAAGUCGUCAGACACUCGUUCCUGCACAUCACUCGGCUCGGAGAGCAGUGAGUCGUCGUCACGGGGCGGGAGCCUGAGCCCCACAGCCGGCAUCAGCGUGGUCGUCUCUGACCUCUCCAACUCACCCAGUAACAGCAGCAACCUGACGGUCGAUAACAGCCCAGAGCACACAGACAACAUGUCGCCCAAGUCGUCCUCCCUCAUAUGUGAGUUUGGUGAUGAGCCCGAUGAUGAGCCCGGUGAGAUCACCAUCGCAGUGCCUCAGUUCACUGUGUGCGUUAACGGAAGCCAUGCUUACAACGUCCAGCCCCUGGACCCAGGCUCAGGAAAACCGGCGGAUUCUUUAGGCCUGGGACCGUUGCAGAAGUCUUUGCCUCUCUCCGUGUCUCUGCAGAACCUCAGACCUUCCGCGAACCUCCCCAAAAGCCCCGUCGGAGAUGGGCGCCGCUGGUCUUUUGACAAGCCCGGCGAGGAGGAGAAGGCAGCCAUAGCGGCGGCGCUGGAGAAAAGCGGCCCCAUGCUGGGUGACGAGGAGGAGCAGUUGGGACGGGCUGCCUCCUCCUCCUCCUCCACCACGGCGGAGUCGGAAAGCCAGGGGAAAAAGCAGAGGAGGAACUUGUUCUCCUCUGGGAGGAGUGAGUCCGCGGGGAAGGGGCAGAGUCAGUCCAAGGAUGAGUCUGAACAGGCCCUCGCCGCCACCGAGGAAAAACACAAGGGAUGGUUUGGAUCAAAGGACUCGCACAGCAAACCCAGCCUGGUGGUGUCACCUAAACUAGAACCCAGCACUGACCCCCACCCCCUGGGUCUCCCUGUAGAUCCUGCCCCUCCGGUCUCUCCUCUGCAUCACUCUAACCCCUUCAGCCCCUCACAGACCACCCCACCUCCCUUAUCCCCCUGCAACCCUUUCUUCUCUCUCCUCCAACACAAUCCUUUCUAUGACGACCCGCUAACCGCUCAGCCCCUAAAACCUUCGCUGCCUCCUCUGCCCUAUCUCUCCAGCGCCCGGCCCCCCAUAGCUCAACUCUUUCCACAGGCGAGUAACCCUACCCUGACUCAUGACAACCCAACCACAGAGGACUCCAUCAUAGGUACGGAUGCAAAGAGCGAAGUGAUGGCCAAAGCUGAGAAACGACCUCUUCCUCCGACUCCCAUGGAAGGGGAGAGCCCUUUAAGCGGGAAGCUGUCCAACCCUUUUAUGUGUGCCGGGGAGCUGGACCUGGACUCAGAGUGGGACGAAUCCUUUGAAGCGUUUGCAGCUGGCAGGCUGCAGUCUCCUGAGGAUCUGACCACAGAUUGCAAAACACAGCAAAACAGUGAACAUCCACUGGAACACUGCAGUGAUAAAGGAGCAUUACUACCAGUAACGGAUCAAAACACUAAUGUGAAUCAACCUUGCACAGAUUUUGUAUUUGAUGCACAUAAAACCAUCACUAACGCAUAUCAUCUUGACACAUUUGCACAAUUCCUCGAGACAAUCCCAGAGCAUGCAAGCUUCGAGAGUGACAACAUGACUUUAAAUACUUCCACUAACUCACCAAAACUGGAUGUUCGCUCUGAAACUAAUCGAGCUACUAACACAAAUGAUUUAACCGACACUAAUAUGCAUCAAGCCCCCCGUCACGCCUCGCCUGUAAAGCUCAACAGCAGCUCCCCAGAUCCUGGUUCUUCAGGUCUCGGCAGUUCAGCAGAGGAGGAUUUCCUCUCCUGUCUCUCUUCUUAUUCGGAUAAAUUCUCCGCAUCCUCCUCCAAGGAAGCAGAGGCACAGAUCUUUGAAAUCAACGUCCUCGGCUUUGAGAAAUCCGCCGAUUCAUCUGUUGUAAAAAAUGUAAAACACUCAGAAUCGGAAGAUGACGUUACUGACGGGUCCACCGAUCUGUCUUUAGUCGAUGUAGCUCAGCACACUGUUAUUCAGCAGAGUAAUGGUGAUGAAAAGGCAGAUUUAAACGGUUUAGAGGGGUCGCAGCAGAGCCCAGUGCUGACACAUCAGCAGCCUGUGAUCGCUGCAAGAGAGACAGGAAGUGAGGGUGCAAAUACUCCGUCACCAAACUUUUCAAACACUGACUUGUUACCAGAACGAUCCAACAUCUCUUUACAGCCUGACACUGAAAAUGAAGAGAAAGGCACAGGUGAAUUCAACGAAUCUGAAGAGGAUUUUUCAAAAGUGUUAAAUGAUUCAUCUGUAUUUGUACGUAACACUACGGACGAUGAUAAACUCUGCUCCACACGCCCAUCACUACACAUCAUAACCUCCUCCCCUGAUGUGAAGCAGAGUUCGUCGGACUCGCCCAUUGAGAGCACUAGUUUAGGAGGGCAGAAUGUGAGCGACUGUUCUCCUAUACCAUUCGGGCUUUUUGGUGAUCUCCUCAACACCAGCCGCAUCACGAGCAGCCCCAGCCGAGACUUUGACGACGCGCUGUUGCACUCUCGGGUGUCCGAUCAGAGCUCCAGCAGCUUUUUCCAAAGCCUUUAUGUGAGCGCCGACUCGCAGGAUUACCAAACCUGCGAGUCUCACCCGUCCUCCAAAUGCUCGGAGCCAAACAAGACGCUGCACUCUGCGACCUCGACGCUGUGUGGCGAGCUGAGUGAGAUCCAGACGACUGCUGAUGACGCUUUGGGCCAAGACGUUUCAACCAAUGCAUGCAAGCCAAAUAACGAAGACAAAUCUGAAGGAUCCGUCUGUGGAGCCGAGGACAAGACGGCAACUCUCGAGUCAAACUCCAUGAUAGGGUAUAACUUCGAUUUACUCCCGACGGACUCUUACAUGAGCUCUAAUCAAAAGGAGCUCACUGAAGGAGGCGUGGAAAGUCAGCACACCAUCUUAGGUGACGUGCUCUCGAAAUCCCCUCAGGCACAAAGUGCUGCGCUAUACCGCUCCCAGUCUGAGGGCACUCUGAUAUUGGCCUUUGACGAACUGCUCCUGCCCUCCUUUGGGAGUGAUCCUGGUGCAAUACAGGAGUCCUCCUCCUCAGCCCAGCCCGGCCCCGACCUCCCCUCUCUGACCUCCUUUGCUCCCUCUCUAACUCCUCAAAGCAGUAGCUCCCCUCUAGCGCUCUGUUCCCUCCCUCCUCUUGCCAACGCUACGGCGAGGUCACCACCCAGCACGCCACGAGCUGCAGCGCCAAUGCUUCUGGACACGCAGCAGCAGCAGGCAGCCAAUCAGCAGAACAGCCCCCACCCAGUGAAGCCCCUCACCACUGCCAUACCGGCUGAGGAGAAGCGGACGGAGGGCCGGUCAGUGCUGGCCACCGGCCUGGAGAAGCUCAAGUCCACCAUCCACCCGGGGAGGAGCAGCCAGCUCAGCGAGCAGGACACAGACAGGAAGAAGGUCGUGACAGAAGGAGCCGGCUCGUACUACCACCUGAACCACAGCGAACUGGUCGCCCUGCUGGUGCAGCGGGAGUCCGAGCUGGAGAGGCAGAAGUUGGAGUAUGACCGUCAGAAAUCUCUGCUGGCUAAGCGGGAGGUGGAGCUGAAGAAGCUGAAGCCGCAGGUCAAAGAUCUGGAGGACUACAUUGACACGCUGCUGGUGCGCAUCAUGGAGCAGAAGCCAACUCUCCUGCAAGUGCGCUCCAAGUUAAAGUGACGCUCCGUUCACUCCGUCCUCCACAACAGCUCUUUAGUCUUUUCACUGCUAUGCUGUCCUUUUUGAUACAAAUAUCUCGGCACUGAGAGAUGUCAGGGCGGUGUUUUCCAGCCGGCAUGCUUUACUGCGCUGAAACACGUCCUUGUGGAAGGCUUUGGUUCGGGCGGUUCUGAAUGUAGCGGGUCCUCAGGUUGUUUUCAGGUUCACACAGCCGGUUGGUUUUGAGAUGCUUCCAUUUUGGGAUCCUGAUUGUAGAAACAAUGAUUCCUCCUUUUCACCUCACCUCACUUCUAUCACCUUAUCACAGAAGAUAGAAAUGGUAGAGUCUCAGUCCAGAACACUGUACGAAUAUCCAACUAACUCCUCACACAGUUUUUCAAAAUAUACUCUCCUAAAGUGUUGCAGUUCUGUAGCUAGCAACUUGAAGAGCCACUCUGGUGGUUUUGCAUGUUUCAGACCAUUAACUACAAAUUGCAUAUCCUUUAAAUCAAUGCUGGCCAUUUCUGUAACAUACCAUCAGGUUUAGAUUGAUUUUAUACCUUCGAGGCAGCCACUGGUUUCACUUCGGUUCAGUGCAGCGUGAAACUCAACUUGCAGUGACCAAAAAUCCAUUACAGUGAACAUUUUGUUGCAUUUGUUUUUAUUUCAUAGUUGUGUUAUGAAGGUAGUAAUGCUGUUGAGAGCAGAUGUCAAAAAGGCUCUGAUACCUGAGAUUUAGGAUUCAGUUACCAGAAAACACUGCAAACACAAGCUAUACUGUAGGUUUGCAAUUAUUGUUAUUUUCUUGAUUAAUGGUCAUCGUUUGGUCGGCAAAAUAUCAGAGCGCAAGGUGACGUCUUCAGAUUGCCUGUUUUUGUCAGACCAACAGUUCAAAUCCAAAGAUAUUCAGUUUACUAUAAAACAAAGAAAAGCAAUAAAUCCUCAAAAAAAAUCUGGGAAGAUGGAAAUAUCAGAUAUUUGGCAUUUUGAAAACUGGUUUAAACAAUUAAUAGAUUAUUAUUAGAUUAACAGUUUCCUGUCAAUUGGCUAAUCAAUAUAUUGAGUAAUUAUUUCAGCUCUACUAUCCUGUCAGAAAAUCAAAAGACAUUUGUAAAUCUCAACGCCAAAAAGGAGAGUUUUUGGACAGGCCCUGCACACAGUUACUGUAUUACACAAUAUUAUAAAUAAAUGAAGGCAACAGAAUGUUCAUUUCAGUUGAUCUCGAGUAAGUUUCAAGUUUCUGCCAGUGUUUUUUCAUGCUUAAAGGGACCGUUCGACUUUACAUGAUUAGCUUAGCUUAGCAUUAAGGCUUGAAGCAGGGGGAAACGGUUAGCCUGGCUCAACCAAUCAUUUUAUGCACCAACAGAAACGUAAAAAGGACAAGUUGUUGGUUUAUGGGUACUUGCGUGAUAUAAAAACAUUUUCUUUUUUUGCGAACAGCAGCUGGACACAGUGACUUCCUGGAGUCUCUGCUGGUUUGAUACAAGGUCCAGAGUCCAAGAACUCCAGGAAGUCACUGCACCCGGCUGCUGUUCACCAAGAAAUAAUUACAAUACGUUACUCCCCAUAAAACUACAACUCAGUGCUUUAGACAUGUGAGUUGUCAGGCAAGCUAACUGUUUCCCCCUUAAUACUAAGCUAAGCUAAUCAUAUAGCUUCGGGUAUCCAGAAAGAUUAGAAAAAAACGCUAAUGACAUUGGGUGCUUUUCCGCUCUGAGAUGAAUUUAUUUCAAAUCGAGGCAGUCAGGGCGCUCCCGUAAAAAUGCGAGGCGCAUAGAGUGGAAAAACAGGUGCUCAGCAGAAGCAGUGCAUAAAACGCUUCACUCUCAUUGAAAACUAUUACAAAAAGCCGCCCCAGUCUGCUCAAAGGUGCUCUGUCUGAUCAGAGCCUUAGCGUAGAUAUUUUAAAGUGGUAUUGAUCUUCUCAUCUAACCCUCAGCAAGAAAGCAGAUAAGCGUAUUUCCCUAAAUGUCGAGCUAUUCCUGAAAUUAACUGAAAAAUAAUUGCUGCUUAGAAGGAAGGAAACAAAUCGAUACUCUUCAAAUAUGCUUUGGAAAAUAGUCUGCAUCAUUUUAAAGUAUUCACAAUAUUUAGUUAAUGAGGUAAAUUCAUGCAAAACCACCAAUAUGUUUCUCAUACAGUAAUGUACUUCAAUGGCAUCACUUCUUCCACAUGGUGUUUUGGAUUGACACUCUACAAAUGUUCCCAAAUAAAUACCGAGUGCUCUGACUAGUUUUUGAAACUACAAACCAAAUGAGCGGCGUGAGAGUUCAGCCUUGUCGUGUGCACAUCACUGGGAACCGAUUGUAGCUUCUGAAUGUUCAAAAGUGUUCUUAGCCAGCAAGUGAAUGGUUUUAUUUCCACGCACAAUAAGUGCUGUUUAUCUUUUGCUUGCUCCUUCCUAUCUUUUUCUCCUUUUUUUUUUUUUCUUCUUCUCUAUGGGCAUGUCUUGAAAUUACCCAUAAUGCUCAGCCACAUAAGCUAACUGAUUCUUGUAUGGGUCACGGUGUUAUCAGGUGAAGACAGUAUCACUCAGUCAGUAUCAAGAUCAGCCAUCACAGCUUCUCUGAUCUCAUGCUUCUGCCUUCCUACACGUGUGUGUAUGUGUGUGUUAUCAACACGACGCCACCGCUAUCAAAAUGCCUGCAACAUGCCGGUUCUUGACUCCCCUCUCCCUCAGUGUCUGUGUGUCACAUCCGCUUCUGCUAGAGCACGCAUAUCGCUACUGCUUUCAGGUGUUACAAGGGAUGUAUACCGCAUUUUACAGCAUAUAUAUGCCGUAUUGAAAUGCCAAAUGCUGCCUUAUUUUUGUUUUGUUUUCGUCAAGAAUCUAGCACUUCAUUUGACUUGUCGUGGCAGGUUUUGAAGAAGAAAAGCCAUCUGUUCACUGAGAGAGUUCACUUUUUUUAACUUCGUUUUGUUAUUGUUUAGAUCACUGCACAAAAAUAAAUGGUAUGCAUACCAAUAGACAAUUAGCAGUAACAGUGAUUUCCUGUGAAAUGCCAAAAAAAAGCCUUGAAACUUAAUCUAUAGAGCAGAUCGAUACACCAUGAAGUAUUCUGAUAUGAUGCCACUUUUAACAGCGUUUGUGGAUGUUCUUGCACUACUUAAUCGUCAGAACAUAACUUUACUGUACCUGUCUGUUGAUAUCGGUAUAGUUGGAUCUACUUUACACCGUACUGCACUUUCUAAUCGCUCUGUGAUUUAAGCACUUGGCCUAAAAGCAUACAAUACCAUCCAAAACCGUCUUUGUCAUCUCAGUUCUGCUGUGCGAUCGCAAUAUCAAGUGCAUAGAUGACUGUAGAGACAUAUUCAAUGUGACUCGGCACUUACGAAGCGCAAGAAUAAGUUCCAUGUCUUCCAUUUUUAUUUAAGUUUAAACUGUUUUGUAUUUUGUCCUUGAGUGUGUAGCCGGUGGAAUGUGCUUAAGGUAGUAUGUGAGAUUGGAAAGUUUACAAUUCGUGAUGCAAUUCUGUUUCACAAAUUUUGUAUAUUUAAUAAAGAAUAUUUUGUGUUUCUUGCUCACCAUA